AUGAGGCUUCUCGCCCAAAUCAUUCUGUUCGCCGUCGCUGCCUACACGACUAGUGCUGGCCAAGGUGAGUGUUUUUUCAUAUGCAAAAUUGUGAUUGGGAUCUGAACUCUGAACAUUCGAAAUUUAUGAAAAUCUAGGAAAAGGCUACAACGGCUGAGUGGUAGCUUAUGUUACAGAGGAUAGAAGGCGCUUCAUUGAAACUAUCGCAACCCUGGCCUUAUUUACAAAUGUUGCUACUCGACCAAGACUUUGUUCUCUUGCUUUAACUCUAACAUAGUUGCUCUUCUAGACAUAACAACCCUCGGCUUCAAAUCUUUGUGCUGAAACUCUGAAAACCCUCGAAUUUUUUUUAACUUUCAAGACUAGGAGUCUCCAAAAGAUUGAGCCAUACCAGCUGCACCCUUCCCCUCAUAAAGCUUCAAGGUAUGUAAUUCAUAAUGGCGCCGUUCAUGUUUAACAAACAUGCAUGCGUGUCUCCAGAGUCCUUCUCCUCCUCCUUUUUCUGUUUGUGUUCGUGUUUGCUCGCAGCAGUUUCAUGUUGCGCGUGUUCUUCUUCCUCUUUCACCCAUAUGCUAUGCGCCAACCAUUUUGGGGAGAGACUAGACUCAAAUGAUGUGCAAUGAGAGGCAGGAACGGUGGAAAGUGAUAGUGAGAUGAUGAUGACCAGUGGUUUUGAACAAAACAAACACGCCGCCACUGUUUGUUCAGUUUCUUUCUUCAUCUUCUUGUCGCAGUUUCGCACCUUCUGAGCUUCUCAGUGUCAGCUUUACUCAACCACAAUAGGGUCAAUUCAAAAAAGAGCACAAUAGGUGCGAGGAAGGGGAUGAUCCCCUGGAACAAGCAGAAGAACAAAAAGGAACGAACAAAACCACUAAGACUAUGGAGAUUCUAUUUCUGUCAGGGCUUUCAGAUCCGGUACAUCUAGACAGAGUGCUCAGAGACCCCGGGGUCUUAGUUACUUAGAUAUCAGCUGACGACUUCUGCUCUUUUCAAAUAUUAUAAGUUAUAGAAUCGCGACAAGCUGCCGUCAACAGAGCCAUCGAGCAGACAAAAUCUCGGCUGACUCCGGCUGCCACGCCGCUUCGGGUGCCGCAACGAGCCAACGUGCGUUUGAAUGGCGAUCAACUCACAACGGUAACCGGCUUCUUUUGAUCCUACUCCAAUAAUAAACGACGUUUUUGAAGAGAAUGUGGCCCCAGUCGCCGAAAACUUUGAGAUGAAAGAGUAGUAGAUCAAAUUGAGGGUUUACCAAGUCUAAUUUCGGUUUGAUAUAAUAAUUCAAGCAUAAUAAGUUCACAAAAUUGUUUGGAAUUCUAACGGAGGAGGCAAGUACAGUAUCGUAAAUAUACAAUAUCAGUUUGAAACUGGUUUUUCAAACAACUGAUAUUUUGUAAAUAUUGUAUUGUAUGCAGCUCAACAUAAUGGUGGUGGCUUCGGGUUUUUUUUGGUGACUAUACUUAUCAGUUUCAUCUUCAACAUUAUCUUUUUGUGGCAUGACUGACACACACUUCACUUCACAAACAGACUAAUCUCAACUAGAGUAACCCCAAUCUAACCGUUUGGAUUUCUAGUCGAGCCCCGGAAAGAUGGAGAAUCUCGACGUGGACAAGAUGAAUAGGCUGAUCCGAGCACUCGACAAGACUUGGAUUCUGCCAAAAACCGGAGCCAAAGAGCCUGUGGGCAGCAACUUCCAAGUAAUAUUAUAAUCUGUGAGUAGACGAGACUAAAAUUUGUAUGAUUUCAGUACAAAAAAACUUGUGCAUCGAUCUACAAGGCUAGACACGGAGCCUGUCAGCAGCUUGGUUUUGGUGUCAUGUGUUUCAACUAUUGUCAUGAGAGAGGUACAUCAAUUCCUAUUAUCAAAUGCAAACUUAUAUUUUAGGAGAGAAGCUGACAUUUAAGUGCCAAGAUACUUCAGACGCCAGUUACUGUAAACAGUCUGGAACUUUUGAUACCUUCCUGGCCAAGUACAGAAAGGAUGGAUACAAGGCAAAAGCCUACAUUCAUCAGGUUGGCCUUUUGAUUCUUUGACUUCGACUUGUCAGAUGUGGACAUUUAGAUGAUCUCCCGCUGCUACGCCACCACUGUCUGCAACACUCAAUCUGGAAUCUUAAACUCGACCAUCAUCGACGAGGAUCCGGAUCUGGUGGAAAAGACUACCAAGGUGAGCCUCUCUUCGCGUUUUUACAAUUAUUUUUGAGCCUAAGCUUUCUUUGUUCCAUUCGCAUGUCGCUUUUAGGCUACUCGUAUGAAGUUGCUCACUCGCAAACCGGUGAACGGCAACGCGUUGUCUUUGAUGAAACUGAAGACAAAAACGACGACGACGACUCAGACGCCUCCAGAAGAGAUUCCAGACGACACGGAGAUCUUUCCGGAAGAGGAGGAGGAGAUCAUCGCCACGACUACGAGAAGAUCCAGACCGUCCAAGGUUCCUUUGUUUUUUUUUUCAGUUCAUUUUUUAGUUCUCCAUUAUUUCAAGUCGAGUUCUUCAAUUUGAUUUGUCAAAGGUUCUCAGCUCUGUUCAUUUUCAGUUUGUCCUGACCAUUAUUUCAUUCUAUUCUCACCACAUUCAUUAUCAAGCACAACUCAUUAUUCAACUCAAUUUAAUUUUGCAGAAAGUGGUUAACAAUACUCUGCGCCAAAAGCCGACGCCCGCUCCUGAAGUGACUACGACAAAAGCCAACAUUUGGGAUAAGUGGGUCUUUUUUAAAUCUAAAUUUGGCCUUGUUUUGUUCAAAAAUGUCUCGACAAAAACAAUUUCACCAUCACCAUGUUUGAUAAGAGGCAGUCAACCGCCGAAUUUUUUUGACCGCUCUUGAGCGCAAGUGUCGUCGCGCGCCUCGCAGUCUUGAGAACAUCACGCAUCGGAAUGAUAUGAAAACAAAGCAAAGCAAGCAGUGUGAGAUAGAGUGAAACGAAGUAAUUUCAGGUUCACUAUUGGAAACAAGGCGAAGCCGACGCCAAAGUACAUUCCAUUCUGGCAGAGAUUAAUGUCGACAACAUUAAAACCCAUCGAGGACGAGGCGACCGAGGGAACUGAAUUGAACACCGAAGCUCCAGAAGAGGUCGAAGAGGCGUCCACACAGGCGGAAGUGCUCGAAAAAGAGACAACGGGAGACGUAACGACGCCGGAAGAAGAAUCUGAGGCCACUACAAUUCCUGAAGAGGAUGUCGUUGUCAAGUGAGUUUUCAUGUUUCUUGUUCAAAUCUCGGGCAAUUUUUAGAGAAUAUUCCUACUAAAAACUGAGAAGAGAACUUAAUUUCAGCAAGUCGAACGUUCACAAAACAAAUGCGGGCGAGCAGUCAAUUGAAGCCCCGAAACACACAUUCAAGCCCAUCCCAGUCACCGUCCCGUCCACCGGCCCCGAAUUGGCUCAUCAGAAGCCCAAUGAAGACGUCUCCGGACCGGGAUUUUGGAACAGAUUCCAGCCGAAUCGCUGGUUUGAUUCCAUCCAUUACGUGACCAACACUGGCAAGUAA